AUGGAAGAACAAGAUUACAUCACCGAUUAUGCCAUGGAUUCUGAAUAUGAAGAAAGUGCAAAAAGUACUUACAAGCAAAGUGAAAAAAGUAGGGUGGGUGGGAAAGGGAAAAAAAUGAGUGGAGAAACAAAUAAAGAAAAGUAUGUUAAAUUAAAUAAA